UAACUAGACUGUCCAUGUCUUGAGUGAACUCUUACACCAGAGUAAAAUAGAAAACGCCAGAAAUGCGUCAAAUACAAUUAUAUCAGUUCAGCUCCUUUCUGAGUUUAGGCUACCUAGGUCUGAUAGUCCAAGUAAGAUCGGACUAUUUUUACAAAGUAGAAAAAAGUAACUCUGUAAUGCAAUAUUCCACAACAAUAUUACAAGUCACAAGUCUUCUUGACUGUUCCAGAAAAUGUCAGCUACAGAAGUGUGCUUGUUUUUCAUAUAGUAACUAUGUAUGCUCCAUUGGGAAGUGUAACUUGACGAACAAUAACUUAGGCUCAAGUCAAGAAAUAUACGUUUCAUGUUUGAACAGCAUAGGAUUUAACUUCAUCACCAUUGGUUCAGUUCGCGCAUGCGUGUGGAUGUCCUCCAACUCAACAGAUUACAUCACUGCCAGAGAUGACUGUAGAGGCAAAGACGCUCAUCUCUAUACAGUCAAAACAAUGGACAGACUGAAAUGGCUACAGACGUAUUACCCUAAAACGUCUAUAUGGAUUGGUCUAAACGACAUGGUGGUAGAAGGAAUACUCCUAUGGGAAGACGACAAUUCCGUCUGUAACUCUAGCUGUAUAAGUCAGUAUUUUAACGCAGGUGAGCCAACAAACAGUAAAUAUCUCACGCCCGACGGUGAAGACUGCAUCACAUACUACUUAAACUUGCCGCUGUUGAAUGACGUCACGUGCUCCUUGACUUAUGUCUACAUCUGUGAAAAGCCUUUUUUCUAAAGAUUUUCAUAGACAUUUGACAGAUUGUUUAUUUUUGUGAAAAAAAUAUCUACCAUUAUUUGUUUUUUUUGGGGGAAAUCUACCACAAUGACCACACAAUGAAAACUCUUUUUUAGACCGUUAUAACUUUUAGAAAUUAUCAUUAUCUAAAAACUAAAUUCAUCCUACAUAUUUUUAUAUUGAAACUAAGGAAAUAGAGGGAAUUCCCGCACUCGACUUAAAUGUUUUUCUGUAUUCAGUAAAGAGUUGAAGGAAUAAAUAAACGUGCACGAACAUUGUGAGCAACGUCUUAUGUAGACGUCAUCAGCUGGACUGUUAGUAGAAGAACGUGUUCAAAGCUUACCGGAAAGACUUCUUUCAAUAAUGAAGCAUUACAAGACAUAAAGAGGAUUGAGAAGUUGUAAUAUAUUAUCAGAUUAAUUAGGGAGGGAUAAAUUAAAACACUUUUUCUCUGUUACUUGUUAGCAAGACUAGUCUAAUAGUGAAACUGUUAAAAUUCUAUUGAAUAUGCGGACCAGAUAACAUUCAGUCGGAACGGGGAGGACUGUAUAAACUUCUACAACAAGACUCCGUUGCUGAAUGAUACAUAUAGUUAAACCAAUAUCUGUAAAAAGUCUUGACAUUUUAGAAAUGUUUUCUGUUUGUCCACAGUCGCACCACUAUAAACCAAAAGAAACAUUAGUAACACAGUAUGGUCAUAUUUUUACAUGGCAUUUAAAUCUUCUAGUAAAACUAUGUCUUGUACCUCAGAAAGCAAGUCGAUCUCUAGACAAAGUUUGUUUGUAGAUAAAUAUAAGAUUUUGAUACACUUUAUCUUUAUUUGAUUACAGAUAUAUUAGUUUCAACCUUUUGUUAAUGAUGUGUUCACGCAAAUCCAUUCAAAGAUUCAAUUUAUAUUUUAUUAGAGAUGUGAAUAGUA